CUAUCGCAAGCGCAAGUGUUCUAUUUAGAUGCCGUGAAGCAUGGCGAGACAUAAUACGUCGUUGUAUGGAUAAUGAAAAAGUGGACGGCACUGUUUAGGUAGAGAAAUCGAAAAUGGCCGAGAAAGGAGCGCAUUUAACAGGAACGACAUUCACGAGACCUUCAAUUUUCGAGAUUAUAGCACAAGAAUCAUUUGCGUCCACUGUUGAACCGGCUUUUAAAAAAUUUUUUUCGUAUAUUAUAUCAUUCAACAUUGAAAGAUAUGGACAUCUUCUUAGAUGGGCAGAUGAAGUCUAUUUGAUUUUCAAUGCAAUUCUUCAACAAUAUUAUUUUAAUAAAUAUUCUGCAUCAUUUUCUGAAGCAUUCUAUAGCUUAAAAUGUAUAUCUGUAGUAAAUUCCAAAGUUAAACACAAGCUAUCAAAGGAACAGAAAAAGUUGUCUAUAAUAUUAAUAGUUUUAUUUCCUUACAUAAAGAAUAAACUUUCCCAGUUAAGUCAACAAUACAAACGUGAAGAGGUAGAUGGUUAUGCUCCAAAAUCAAAAUUUGAGAAAUUAUAUCAUACUUGUGUUACUAAAGGAAGUACAAUAAUUUUCAUGGUAUAUGAAUUUAUGGUACUAUAUAAUUAUGUACUUUAUGUUUCUGGGAAAUCAGUAUAUACCUCGCCACUUUUGAGAUUGUUAUCUGUUACUUUAACAUAUGCAGAACCACAGCCUAUAGUUAGUGUUUCGGAUUUGUUAAGAAAAAUUAAACACAAUUCCUUUGGUAUUAAUGAUGGCAUACAUAUAUUUCAACGAAUGGUAACUACAUCCCUUGAAUUUGGAGCAUUUUUCCUUCAGUUCUUGUCAUGGUGGACUCAAGAACAUUAUUCAAUAAAUCUAUUGUCAUUACCUAUUCCACCACCUCCAAAGAUUCCAGAAACAGCAAAGCAAUACAAAGGCACAUGUCCAAUUUGUCAUAAAGCACUCAGAGUACAUACGGUACUUUCGGUAUCUGGUUAUGCAUUCUGUUAUCAAUGCAUUCUUCCUGUGAUACGUAAAGAUGGAAAGUGUCCAGUGACAAACUAUCCUGCUAAGGAAGAUGAUUUAAUACGUUUAUAUUUAGAGUAAAAUAAUAAUGUGCAUAUUUUAUUGUACAAGUUGUAUGUGUAAAUAA